AUGCGUGUCGGAGACGCAAAAUACGCUGCGAUCGCCUGCUCCCCUGCAGCAACUGCUCAAUACGAGGCCUUGGACCUUCUUUCCCAGGACCAAGCUCGUGCAAACCUGCAAGAUCGCAUCAACAAACUGGAAAGCCUCGUCCUAGACUUGAUGCACCAGGCUAAUUCAAGCUCCCGCUCACCAAUGCACGGUACACAGCCUUCUCCUCCUGCCCCUGCUUCUGUGGCUGAAUCACGCCUUGAUACAUCUCCAUCGCCUUCGGAUCAUAGAAGCUUCAGGCAUAAUGAAAAGGUGGUCAGCUACGUCAGCAGUUCACACUGGGCCGCAGUGCUUGACAGCAUCACCGAUCUUCGUAACCACCUUGCCCAGGAUGAUACCAAACUACCUGUGCCGGAAUCGACGACAUCACAAGCUGAAUCCGUGAAGCUGCACUGCUUGCCUCCUCGUCCGACUGUUGACCGGCUUGUUUCGCGUUAUUUCAACGACCUUGACAUUGCCCCUGGUGUCGUGCACAGCGGACAAUUUCUCACCGAGGUCGGUAAUUAUACACUGCGCAGGUUGCUUGUCGCAGGCUUUUGCACUCGGCACUAUGGCUAA